AUGGCACCUCGAAUCAUUUUUUCUAUCGGUGUGCGUCGCCGUCGAACUCGCGACCCUAAAGGCGACCCUGAGGCCGAGCCUCUGUUGAAGCGCCGUAGGAUCGCCAAACCUUCACCGCAGCCUUUACCGAAACCCACCAGGCGGCGACUUACACGACGACGAUGGUCGAGCAUCCCGGAGCCUAAGGGGUCACAGACGCCAGUAGCAACAACCAAUUCUCCCGUUCGUACCACGUCACGACUUUGCUCCGAUUGCCAGCCUAAAGAGCGAUAUAUCCUCGGCCGAAAUUCCGAUCCACCGAUCCGGACUCGUUUGUCUAUCCACCAAUGCGAGCCGAACAGUGUCCCGCGUCAACACAGGGGACUAGAAAGCAUCCUCAAACGCGUCACCAGCGCAUUCAGACCACCAACGAAGAUCCCGGUAGAGCGCGUUUGGUUCGCGAAAUCAGAUGACAUCGUUCUCCCCGAUGAUCCUUACGAUUCCGACGGUACCGGUGACUCCGUUCCUGCGAGGGGUAGAAUGUAA